GGCAGAGAAGGAGGAGAGAGAGAGCAGCAUUUGCAGGACAACUCCUACCACUGGUGUCAUUGGGAAACCUUUGAGUAGAUGAGAUGGUGGAGUAAUGCGGGGACUGGACACAGAGGCGAAUCCUCAGAUGCUGCACUGAACAGUACAGUAAGUGGACGAUUAUUGUUGCUUGUUAUCUGGAGCUUGUACUUGUAGGCUGCAGUGUUGGCCGGUGCUGCAAAGAGCCAGACAGAAUAAUUAAACUUUGCAGAGGCAGAAUCGUUACUUUCUAAGUCUUGGAUUUAGUUUGAAUGCUUUAAAUCAAUAAUGACUGCUGGAAAAUCUUUGACAUUCACCACAAUGUGUUUGUGCAUGCUGGGGUUCAGUAACGCAUUUGAAUUCCAGGCUGAACCUUCCAAGGUCAGCAUGAUGUGCAUAUGUACUCUAUGUCACACAUGCAUGACUAACUCAUAUGUAAUAUGCAAUUUAUUCCCUGUCAUAUGUCUUCUGCCGUUUAUGUGUAUUCUGACAGCAUCAGUUGGCCCGACUUUUACAAACCAGGCAUUUAUUUGCCUGUUAUGAGUCGGGAGCACGGGAACCAGAUGGAGGCUGUUGAUCUUGUUAGAGAGGUAGAUGUGAGAGGACUAUUACCUGGAUCACAGCAAACACAUGCACACAUGCACACCAAUGCCCACAUGCAUGUGUACACAAACACACAGGCAUGCAAACACACACAGCUUCAUGCAGUCUGCCGUUCACUGAGACGUGCUCUUUACACAUGCUGCUCUUAAAGUUAUUAAAUCUUGAAGAAUUGUUGCAUCGAACAGCUUGUUGCAGCUACUGUGUAUGAUCUAUUAAGGAAGCUGACAUUAGUUUGUUGAUAGGUUUAUGUUGUUCUAUAGUUUAGAAUGCACUCUUACCUUCCAGCUCAUGCAGUUAGAGAAGGGUGCAGGUAAAUAGGUGUGAGACAAUCUUAAACUCACUAGUUUCCAUACAGACUCUGAUUGCAUAUGUUAGGCACGGUGCAUUAUGUAGUGAGCGCUGACCUGUAAUGUUAAUGAUUGACCAGGCCUGGAACACUCAAACUACAAAACCCGGUUGCUAAGAGCCUGAAGAGAUAGCUUAGGUUACAUGUCCAAGGACUGAUGUGUACAUGUAAGUAUAAAUACAGGAGGCACAUAUGCAGAGAAAUGAAAAUCCUAUGGACAUUUAGAAACCUUUUCAUGCAAUUCACCAAAAUCUCAGGUCUAAUUUGUUCAACUUUGCAUCUUUGGUAAAACUAUUCAUUAGCAACGAUCGCUGCGAUUGUGCACUGAAUUUAAAGUGAGAGAAUUUAAAUGCACACUCACAUUUCCCCGUUCCUGUCACUGGGCUGUGAACCUGUGUUCUCAUGCAGCCGGCGCAGUAGAGGCUUGUCCGUGCCCCUGAAAAGAUGGUGGGACUGAGAAACCGCUCUUCAUGGGAGCCACUGCUGCUCAAGGCCUCCUGCAUCAAGUCCUGCGCCAACGGCUGCUCCCUGGGCAUCACCGCAAACCUCACUUAUGCCAACGCUGACGUAGAGUCUGUAGAUGGGGUGUUUGUGUACCCUCUCGGGGAGAGGGAGGUUGUGGUGGACUUCGAGGCCUCCAUUGCGGGUCGACUGGUGGCCGUCCAGAUACAGAGCCGGGGGAAGCUGAAGGACUGCUGUUUGGAUUGCUGCCCUUUAUCCGGUCUUGAGGGCCACUGUGGGAACGGCCGGGAGUGGGGCUGCUGUGGCAGCUCCAGCCAUGACAUUCAGUGCACCAACGGGCAUCUCAUCCUGGACGAAGACCUCGAGAGAACCACCUUCAUCGUGAGCACAGGGCUCAUCAGCCCCAUGGAUAUAGUGUCCAUCAUCAUAAGCACCACACUCGAACUCCCCACGUUAGAAAAUGGAGCGAUCCACAUCGUCUACCCUUCAUUACUGACUCCUGUCGUCACUGGCCAGAUGACACAGAGCAAGAGUGAAAUUGGGGGGAAAUUAGAAGAAACAGGAGCAACCAGCUGUUUUGGUGCCACCUCAGGAAAACAGGGCCGUGUGCUGGACUCCGAGCAGCAGUGUGCCCACGCCAUCUUCACCAGUCCAGCUGCCAACCUGGCACCUUAUGAACUCAACUUCCAGCUGCUUGUCAGAGGGGCCUGCCUGCUGGCCGGGCUGGAGAGCCCCACUCACGCUCUGAGGGCAGAUGCAGACCCCAGCGCCCAAAGUGCCUCUGCCACCUACAUCACCUUGGCUCAGGAGCAUCCAUACGACAGACACAUAGAGAUCAUUCUGCACCUCAGUGAACCUCACAGCCCACUGGUCAUCUUAGAGAGAGGCAGACUCUCCUUCAGCCAGUAUGAGCAGCUGAUCCAUUCCCGUCGGGAUUUCAUUCGCUGCAGCCGCAAAGAUUCAGAGCCCGAGAGGAAGCUGGAUUUUGUGAGGAAGCGGCAUCACAAGGACAUUCUGAGCAGCCCCGUCCUGAUGCUCAACUUCUGUCCUGACUUGCUGCGUGAACCUCUGGAGCUGCACAAGGCCACCAGAGAGCUGCUGUUCCUCGUGGACCGCAGCGGCAGCAUGAGUGGCACCAACAUCCAUCGUGUUAAGGAGGCCAUGGUGGUGGCACUGAAGAGUCUCCCCUCCGGCACCAUUCUCAACAUCGUGGGCUUUGGCACCACCAUCAAGCCGCUGUUCACCUCCAGCAAGCUCUGCACUGAUGUCACUCUCAUGCAGGCCUAUGAAUAUGUCCAAAGGAUGAGAGCUGACAUGCGAGGCACCAACCUCCUGGGGGCACUGUCCUGGGUGUACCAGCAGCCCAUGCAGCGCUCCUAUCCUCGCCAGGUCUUCAUCAUCACGGAUGGGUCCAUUGGUAAUGUGGCCAAAGUGCUGGAGCUGGUCCGCAGAAACACGUGCGCUGGCAGAUGCUUUGGUCUGGGCCUGGGUCCUCGAGUCUGCAGGAGACUCCUGCAGGGCGUCGCCAAGUUAACAGGCGGCACAACAGAGUUCUUAGAUGAUGAGGAGAGACUCCAGCCCAAGUUUAUCAAGUCUCUGAAAAAGGCCUUCGAACCGGUGCUGACUGACGUUCGGAUUGACUGGUACCUGCCAGACAACAUGGAGGCCCUUCUUUCACCCAAUGAAAUCCCUCCACUCUACACCGGCAAUCGUCUCAUUGGAUAUUGCACGCUGUACGAUAUGACAGGUUUCAAAUCCAAAAAGACUGAGACUCAAGGACGAGGCUAUAAAAGUGUGAAACGAGGCUCCACUGGUUCGGUUUUCGGCCAAUCAAAUGACGAGCAUUCGCCUCCCUCGCGCUCCGAACUAAUGCCUGUGGUGACGUGUGCAGAGGGAGCCGACCUGGAGGAGGCACUGAGGGAGAUCUCCAGAGAAAUCUCCACUGAGUUCUCCUGUGCCAAAGACAUAGACCCUGGCACCAGCCCUGGUGUGGAGCUAAACAGGUCCAGUGACGUGAGGAGGAGGAUUCAGGAGAGCUCCUACAUCCAGGAGCAGUACGUCCUCACUCGCUGCUCUCUCAGCAGUGAGCGGAGUCUACAGACACAGUCCCACUCAGCAGGGGCGGCGUUUCUGCCCGACCCUCAGUCCUCUGAUUCCUUGCUGGACACAGGGUCUUUACCUCAAGGCCUUGAGAGGAUCCCUCCUCUGGAUAAGAGAUCAUCUUUGUCUCGGUGGGCCGACGCUGCAUGGCAACAAAACCUCUCCCUUGAAACCCCUGAUAAUGGAGCAAAGAAGGCCGUGCGCCUGGAUGGAGGUGAGGAACCUCGUAGGAGACAAAAAGCUUUGGCUCGUUCAACCAUGGCAGCACGAAGUUUCUCGUCCCCCCAAGGCGAGCUGGAGAUGCAUCGCCUGCGGAGAGCUCUGGAGAGGGUCUCCUUCGACCAGACGCUGGGAGGGAGGCUGGACGAGAGUGAUGGGGAGACAAAGCCCCCAUCAGGAGGGACACUGUCCCGCAGAAGCCUCACUGACUCUAAUGGACUCCUGUUCCCUGCCUCUCCUUUGGACUGGGACAGCUUCACAGAUCCGGAGUACCUCUUCUCAGCAGCUCACCUGGAGGAUCCUCCUCCAGGUCAGUGCCGCUCGCUCAUUCACGGCAUGCUCAGCGGCAGGCCUGUAUCCUGGGAGGUCAGUGUUGACCUGGGGCACCUCUGGAACCCUGAGGGCCAGGAGACACCAGGAGGAGCUGAGGGAGAUGGAGGAGGAGGAGGGGAAGAAGAAAGAGGGGAAGAUCCGUGGGAGGAGAUCAUUCACCAACUGACAGCUCGCUCAGUUAUAAGAGACUUUGAGAAGAUGGCAGAGAAGGAGAGCGACAGUGGACAUGGUUCAGCUAAGCGAUACCGUAUGAAGGCCAUCCAGACCAGCAAGAACUGUAACAUCAUCUGCAUGUACACAGCCUUCUCUACCACUGACAGCAACACCAACAAAGGCUUACCAGACAGCACGGAUGUCAAAAACACAGGGAUGCAUUCGGGGAACAGGAGUUCGCAGUCAGAUAGCCACAGGCAGACCUAUUCUGUGGGUCUGGGCCGACGGCGUUCCAGUAGGGACAGUGAGGAGAUGGACGACAACUGGAACUCUACAGGUGUAGGGGGUAGCUGCCACUCUGCUACAGCCCCGGCAAUAUCAGGCACCUCGUGCACUCGCUCACAGCGAUCCAUAGAGAGCAAGUCAAUGGAAAGCUUCUUUGGAUCCAGGUUCCCCCUGGGCAGGUUCAGGUCCUCCAUCUCAUCAGGAAAGCAGGUCCCUCUCAAGUCUCACUGUUUGUCUGCAGAGACUGAGACACAGCCUGAAACUGCAGCACCGGACUACCUGCCCCUGGUGCAUCUGCAGCUGGCUUCUGGAGCUUUUCUGCUGACAGAGACCUACUCAAACUGUGUCCAGAUCCCCCUGGACCGCCUCAAUAGGGCUUCACCAUACAGCCUCCACCGCCGCAGCCUCAGCCCACCUUUCCGUUGUGCAUCUCCCAGUGCUCCAUCUUUAUCCACAUCUGCAAAGCCUCCCUCCAGUCACAAUGUUACCUCCUCUCCUACCUACUGCGUCUUCGCCAAAACUGUACCGCCCUUCCACCACACUCCAGACGACACUCCUCUGAUGCUGGAACCAAGGCUUCGCCGGAGACACCUGUCUGACCGAGACUGUGUCACCUCACACCCUGACCUCCCCAGCUUCGAGGAAGGCCUCUACCAGAGUCAGAGGUACGGCCAGGCCGAUAGCGGUCGCGGAUCAGAGACAGACGUAUAUGAGGGCUCUUCAGUAGAUCCAGCUGACCUCCAAGUGAGCUGCCAGUUGGCCCUAGAGGACCUGGAGGGCUCGAGCUGGGCCACAGCUGUUGCGCUCGCUUGGCUCGAGCACCGCUGUGCCGGCUACUUCAUGGAGUGGGAGCUGGUGGCAGCAAAAGCGGACUUCUGGCUGCGCUGCCAGGCGCUGCCUGAGGGAGUGGACUUGGCAGGCCUGAAGGGAGCUGCCAGACAGCUGUUCCUGCUGCUGCGCCACUGGGACGAGAACAUCAAACUUAACAUGCUGUGUUACAACCCCAACAACAUGUGAGACAAUCACCUCUGAGGGAACUGAGCCAAAUCUACUAAUCUGCAUACUCAAUUCAUAUCAAUGACUCUAAAGUGGCAUAGGUGUGAAUGUCAUUGAGAUGUACUUGUCUCUGUAUGUUAGCCCCUUUAAUACGGUGGCGACCUGUCCAUGUUGCAACCUGCGCAAUGCCUGCGCAAUGUCAACCUGUACCUCAAAGGAUAAGUGGUAUUGAUAAUGGAUGGAUGGAUGAUAUAUUUUCUGAUGUGAGAACAGAUAUUAAUGUAAAAUGUUCUUUACCUGACAUCUGGCCUUUUGUUAUAAAAAUGCUUUAUGCAAUCACAAAAAUGCCUUGAUCACCAGAAUGGAGCUUUGGUUAGUAUAAGUUGAAGCUUCUCGUUUGUAUGUUCUUACUUCAUAAUCAGUGAGUAUCACAUCGAAAUAUGAUCAUUAGGAUUAUUAUUUGAUAAACUACAGAAAUAUUACUUUAAAUAAUUAACUUAUUGAUGGGAAAUAC